UUUAAAGCACUCGGCAGCGGGAGAAUUCAAUUCAAUUCUGCAACUGAAUAGUAGUCGGACUGAGUGUCUUUUGCUCUGUAUUUUAUUAUUUAAAAUCUAUAUUUAUUUGACAGUAUAUAUUUGUUAUUUUAAGUUUUUACAGUGUGUAUACAGAGCAAAAGAUGAACUGCUUGAAUAUUGCAGACAUUGCGCCCAACUCUCCACGCAAAACGCGGGGACAAAUUCAGGUAAUAUUCGGGCCGAUGUUCUCAGGAAAAAGUACAGAGCUGAUGCGCCGCGUACGCAGGUUUCAGGUUGCACAGUACCGGUGUUUGGUGGUGAAAUAUGCCAAAGACACGCGUUACUCUGAGAACGGAGUUGCCACGCAUGACAGACAUACAAUGGAAGCGGUGCCUGCCAGCCAGCUGAAGGAAGUCUACCAGCAAGCCCUUGAGUGCUGUGUCAUCGGGAUUGAUGAGGGACAGUUUUUCUCAGACACUGUGGAGUUUUGUGAAGAAAUGGCCAACCGAGGGAAAACCAUUAUUGUAGCUGCCCUGGAUGGAACAUUCCAGAGAAAGGCGUUUGGUAACAUUUUGAACCUGGUUCCUCUGGCGGAGAGUGUGGUGAAGCUGAACGCGGUGUGCAUGGAGUGUUUCAGAGAGGCUGCUUACACCAAGAGGCUCGGGGCUGAGAAAGAGGUCGAGGUGAUUGGAGGCACCGAUAAAUACCAUGCAGUAUGCAGAGCCUGCUACAGUGCAGCACUCCCAUCCAGCAAAGAGAACCACGCUCCCCACAAAAGAAUAGAAGAGACCCCGCCUCAAACCAUGACGGGGAAGCAGGUGGACAUUAAAGCACCCAGGAAACUCUUUGGAACCCUCCAGAUUUGACCAGGACUUGGUCCUGCAACCUACAAAAACAAUUAGGAAGCACGAGCACUGAGAAGUGCCUUUUUUAUUAUUUUUUUUAUUGCAUUUUAUGUAUAUAAUGUAUUUUUUAAAAUUGUUUGCGUAGUUAAAAAAAGAGCCAGUUCUAUGCACUUACCGCUGGUUGAUGUUAUUAAUAUGGAAGGUCUUUACUGUAUAUGCAGCAAUAUUUUCCUGCCUACUUUUUCCACAUCAGUCCCUGUCCUGAAGGUACAUUUAUUAUACUGGCCUCAACAACGGGCGGAUGGGAUGACCACGGGACUGCUUUCAGAAGGGCCAUCACUGUUUACCUGAGCUUCCUUUAAACCAGCAUCCUAAAGACAUUUAUUUUUGUGUCCAUUUCUGCAAUACAUGGUAAAUAAGCUGGUACACUAACAGUUGCUACUGUAACUAGUGAGGUAGGAAAAAGGGUUUUGUUUAUAAACCAGACCGACCUUAUGUCUGCUGUGUUCCUUUGUAAAGUUUAACAUUGCACAUGGUUGUCUAGCUCUUAGCUAAGGAAAAAUGCAGUCUGUAUUGUUUAACACAGCUGUCACAUGGGAGCUGCAGUUACUA